AUGAUAUUCAAAUCAAAGAACAGGACGAAAAGGAAUCCUCCACUUGUUAAAGGUCAUGUUUUAGUUGGUAAUCUUUUCCAAAUGGACUAUGAAAGUAUGCAUCGUACAAUAGACAAAUGGAGCAAGAUUUAUGGAGAUGUCUUGGAGAUAAAUAUCCUUGGACAAAAGUUAGUAAGCCUCAAUACUUCCGAUGCAAUUCGAAAUGCAUUUUUGCAUGAACCUGCUGGUACUGCAACUUCUGCGAGACCUCCAACCUUUUUCGGAAAGUAUGCCUUGGAUAAUUUUUCUGACACAGCUUUCGCUUCUCCAAGUAAAGACUGGACAAAUCGUAGAAAACUAGUUUACAAACUGAUGCAUACAUAUGGUGAGGGCAUUGCUAAUAUGGAAAACCAGAUCAAAAAUAGCUUAGAAGAUAUGAAAUUGGAACUAACCGAAGAAGCUGGGAAUUCUGUGGACCCGGCUAUUAUCAUUGAAGAAUUCAUAAUGGGUACAGUGGAACAGUUGAUCGUAGGUCGAAGUUUUGGAAGCGGUAGUAAACUGAAAAAAAUCCUACGAGAAAUGGACUACAAUUUUAAUAUGCUCAGUAAUUUAGGCAUGGAUUUUUUGUUUGGAUUGUUUCCAUUCCUUCGAUUUUUUCCGUUGAAGCAUUCAAAAAUGUUAAAAGAAUUCGAAGAUCAGAAGAACGAGAUGAUGAAUUUACUUGCAAAGAUAGCGGAAGACAAUCCAGAACAUAAGGGUGUGUAUCAGAACAUGAUGGAGGAAGUAACAAAGACAGAUAAAGAAGGAAGGCCACGACUGAAAGUAGUGAAUGUAAAAGCAACUAUGUUGAAUGUAGUUUCAGCAGGGUAUAAUACAACAAGAGGCACACUUCUUUCACUUGUUCACAUCCUUGCAACACGACCGGAACUUCAAAAGUUACUACAGACAGAAGUUGACAAUGUCAUAGGAUCUGACAGAAAACCAACUCUUCGUGACAGAGAAAAUUGUCCGUUAAUCGAAUCUGUUCUAUUAGAAACAUUGCGAUAUAUAUCACACGUCCCAUUAUCAGUAUUUCAUUUUACUGCAGAUGAUUGUGAAAUAAAUGGUUACAAUAUACAGAAAGGAACAACUAUAAUCCCAAACCUUUGGACUGCUCAUCGUUAUAAUAAAGAUUUUGAACAUCCAUAUAUGUUUGUUCCUGAUCGAUUUCUAGACAAAUCUGGUAACUUGGUUCCAGCAACAGAACCGAUCCGGAAAAGUUUGAUGCCGUUUGGUGUGGGAAAAAGAUCCUGUAUUGGUGAGGUAUUUGCCAGAUCAAGAAUGUUCCUCUUUCUUGCAACCUUGUUGCAAACGGCUUCAAUCGAAAAACCAGAUAAUGAAAUUAUUGCUGAGUUUGGGUUAGAUGACCUGAAUCCCGGUCUGGUGAUGCAACCGAAGCCCUUUAAGAUAAAAUUCGUUAUGCGACAGUGA